AUGUCAAGGAUGCCUCUCGACUCAUUCCUGCCCUCGGGCGCGUUACUCGACCCGAACGAGCACCCCGUCACCUUCCCCGGCCUCGUGCCUAGCCACCAAGGAUCUGUUAUAUCUCCCUUGGCCCUUCCGAGAAAUGCGAACCAGCAAGUUUCUUACUUUGACGAUCGCCAAUCGCUCGCUGGCCGACACCUCUCCACUCAUUCUGCGCAAGCCCAACUACAGAGUCAAUACCUCUCACCACUCCGAAGUCCCCCGACAGCUGGUGCCUCGAAUUUGAUUUCCCCAACUCUGUCACCUUUGACCGAUUCUGGUGAACAUACGGCAAGCACCCAGUUGCGCCGAGUACUUAUUCAGAACCGACGACUACUUGAGAAUUGGGAAGCCGAGCGUGCUCACUUGGAGGCAAAUCGAUCACGCGCUGAAGAGAUCUACAAGGAAGAACGGGCCAUCAUGGACGAAGAUCGUUUGAUCUGGGCUGAGAAAGAGGCUCAGUAUCUUGCCCGGAUUACAGAUCUGGAGCGAGAGAAUAUCGCCCUCCGAGAGUCCAUUACUCGCAAUACGAGGGAAAAGUCCCGCGACUCGACAGCCCGCUCUCCUCUUGGGCUCGGCUUGGAGCACUCAGAAAGGCCCGGAGUGAAAUUCCGCUCUCUGCAGGACAGCACCUCUCCGAUCGCUACUCCCGUCAUCGGACUUGGUCACACGAUGCCCGAGUCCCGCCCCUUUGUGCCGCUGGACCCCCGGAUGCAGGGAUCCUCUACGCAGACUAGCACGCCUGGCGACGGUCCCGAAACAAAGGAAAACAACAUCCCUUCGAUUGACGUGCAGGAGGUCCACCCUGAUUUGGAAGGAAUCCCGCUCAGGUCUACAGCCGUCAAGAAGUCGACUUUUACCGAUGGAAAGCCGCCAUCCCCGCCUCUCUCAGGUUCGAACGUUACUGGCUCGAAUCCGAACUCAAACGCAGGCUCGCCCGGCAGUGGUAGCAGGUCCAAGGCAACGCCUGCCGAAGUGACCCAGGAAACACUGCAGGCACCCGAAGCAUCAAGGCUCACUAUGCACGCUGGACACACGCCGAACCAUUCACUGUCGACAUUUGCCACAGCUCUGUCCACGAAUGCGACGAACACAGCCGGUAGCUCCGGCGCCUCUACACCUACUCAUGGUCAGAGCCACGGUGGAGUUGGAAAUGGAGCUGCGUAUACCGAUGGACAGCAGGAUCAUGCCGCAGAGGACCCUAAACCCUUGUUGGAACCCAGCGAGCGUGAUCCCGAGCUCAGAGGGCCUCUUUCUCUCAGGAACCAACAGGCAUUUGACGAGAUCUUUCUAGGCAAAGUGGCUGACAAAUUGCUCGACUCAAUUCAAACUGACGAUGCUACGCCAACGGUGUUGAAACACGGCGCCGAUGAGCCCGAGGUCGUGCAACCAGUUCCAGCUGCUCUUGACGAGGACGAUGAACCGCUGAAGCCCGAGGCAAGCGAGGAUGUUCCUCUCAAGUUCAAAUCAAACUCCAACUUUGGUGCUCCGCUCGGCACUCUGCAAGGUUUCUAG